UUCUUCCCAUUGGCUGAUUUUCCUCCCACAUCUAUCUCUAUAUAUAUAAGCUUUUCCGUCUUUCCAUACUCAAGAUUCACGGUAACGAACGUCUCAACUUCUUCCUCUCCUCGUCUCCAAACAUCUCCAACGCUGUAACCUGAAACCAUGGCCGGAAGAGGCAAGUCUCUGGGUUCUGGUGGCGGUCCUAAGAAGGCGACCUCACGUAGCAGCAAAGCCGGUCUUCAAUUUCCCGUCGGCCGUAUCGCUCGUUUUCUCAAGGCCGGCAAGUACGCCGAACGUGUCGGCGCCGGCGCACCGGUCUAUCUCGCUGCCGUCCUUGAAUACCUCGCAGCCGAGGUGUUGGAACUGGCCGGAAACGCCGCGAGGGAUAACAAAAAGACCAGAAUAGUUCCGCGGCACAUACAGCUGGCUGUGAGGAACGAUGAAGAGCUGAGCAGGCUGCUCGGGGCCGUCACGAUCGCAAGCGGCGGUGUGAUGCCAAACAUCCACAACCACUUGUUGCCGAAGAGGCCUUCGAAGGGUGGUGCUGCUGCCGGUGAUGAUGAAAGUUAAGUCGCUUGAGUUUUUCAAAUCAUCGUUUGUGAACAGAGAAACUAGACGGACAGUUUCGGAUUUGGUUAGACUGAGCAGCGGUAGCGUUAGAGUUAUGCUUUUGGCAUUUUUAGGAGUCUUUUUCUUUGUUUUCUAUUAGGGUUUCUGCUUUAGCACCUUUGUAGAUUGAACAAAGCUGGCCUUAUCUGUACCUAUUCAAUUUUAGUAUAUCAAAGAAUUUGGUACUUGCAAAA